CAACAGUUUUUUUCUCUUUUUUUACAUUUCGCGACUAUUACCAAUGAGACGAGACGCUUCUCAUGCAGGCAGUUGGUACACUGCUGAUGCCCAGCAAUUAGAUGAAGAACUGGAUGAUUAUUUGAAAAAUGCAGCUCAAGAGGCUCAAGAAGGCUUACCUAUCAAAGGAGUCAGAGCUAUUAUUGGACCGCAUGCAGGAUUCAGAUACAGUGGACCAACUGCAGCUUUCGCCUAUAAAUCAAUUGAUACUACGAACAUAAAACGUGUCUUUAUAUUGGGCCCUUCUCAUCAUGCUUAUCUCCCUGGAUGUGCACUAUCCAUGUGCGAUGUCUAUCAAACGCCUUUGGGUGAUUUACAUCUGGAUAAAGCGGUCAUCAAGGAAUUGGAAGAGACAGGAGAAUUCAAAUACAUGAGACAAACGGUGGACGAAGAUGAACACAGUAUUGAAAUGCAUCUACCGUUUGUGUAUAAAAUCUUUGAAAAUACAGCCAAUUUGAAGGUCGUUCCUAUUCUUGUUGGUGCUACCUCUCAAGCCACAGAAAAGAGGUAUGGUGAAUUACUUGCUAAAUACUUGGAGAAUCCUGAAAACUUUUUCAUCAUUUCAUCAGACUUUUGUCACUGGGGUGCACGCUUCAGAUAUACCUAUUAUACCAAAUCAAGCGAGGAUAAUCGUCCUCUUUUCCUUACUUCAGCCAAUAAGAGCGAAAUCGAACGCCCUAUUUAUCAGUCGAUCGAAGAGCUAGAUCACCAAGCAAUUGAUGUUUUGGAGGAUGUAAGCUUCUCCAAGUUUCAAGAAUAUUUAAAGGCAACAGACAAUACCAUUUGUGGACGGCAUCCUAUUUCUGUCUUACUGGCAGCCCUUGAAAAGCUCCGUGUAAAGGAUGAAUUUUCGAAUCAAACCCUGAAGUGUAUGAGAUAUGAACAAAGUAGUCGUUGUAAAAGAUACGAAGACAGUAGUGUUAGUUACGCCAGUAUUUACGUCAAGAUACUUGCUCCUGAGUCUUAAAAAGGCUGGCUCAUUCGUAAAGCGCAUAAUACAACCCAUGCAGCACGUAAAUCAAUUAAUAAACUAAAAUGCAAUAGAGUCUUUGCAUAAUAAUGAAACCUUUUCAUAUGCAUGCACUUGUAUGUAUGUAUCAUCUUAUAUUUUUAUGAGAACGCUUAAAUGAGAUGCCUUUUUUCUCAAAAUGUGGUCGCACUUUUAGGAGAAAAUAUAUCACUCAUCAAAUAAAGUCAUGUCAGCCUUCUGAGGAAAGCUUUACUUUUUAAUACAUUUAUAGGCUUAUCAUUCCAUCGCGUUUACUGAAUAUUUAGCAGCGCCCAAUAUCGAUGUCGAUGUCGAUGUCGUCCUUCAAGUAGAAAAUAUAGUAGCAAGUGGAAAUGGCAAGUGGAAAUCAGCAGAUGUAGAUGGUUAAUGAUAGCUAGAAGACAGAAAGUGGUUUGUAAAAAGUGGCAAGGGUCCUUUUCUG